AUGACGACCCGAUUCAAGAAGAACCGGAAGAAGCGUGGCCACGUGAGUGCCGGUCACGGCCGCAUUGGAAAGCACCGUAAGCACCCCGGUGGUCGGGGAAACGCCGGUGGUAUGCACCACCACCGGAUCCUGUUCGACAAGUACCAUCCUGGCUACUUCGGGAAGGUGGGAAUGCGAUACUUCCACAAGCUCCGCAACAAAUUCCACUGCCCCAUCGUCAACAUCGACAAGCUCUGGUCUCUCCUGCCCCAGGAGGCAAAGGAGAAAGCCCUAAAAUCCAAGGACACUGCCCCUCUCAUCGACGUCACACAACACGGGUACUUUAAGGUCCUCGGAAAAGGUGUCCUACCCCAAAACCAGCCCUUCGUUGUGAAAGCCAAGCUUAUAUCGAAGAUCGCCGAGAAGAAGAUUAAGGAAGCCGGUGGCGCUGUUGUUCUCACCGCUUAG